AUGUGCGACGGGAGCGAUGGAAAGAUGGCGGCUGCUAUGGUACAAAUGUCAUGUUUGUACCGGGGCAUGUUAGCGGUCAGGGCCACCGGCAUCAGGACAUUAAUCCCCGGGCUGGUCCCGUCACAGUUCCGAGCCUUCUCAAUGCGGAAGGAGCCGGAGCUGGAGGAGAACCCGUACUACAGCAAGUACCAGGACAAGAUCCAGAAGCUGCGCAGCACCAAACCACAGGAGUACAAUGCCCGAGUGGAGAAACGUCAUGAGGCCAAGAAGGAAGUGCUCGGACACUCGAAGCAGGCAGAAUUCGUCAGGCUCAUGGAACAGGAGCUAGAGAAAAGGGACAAGAUGGCUGCCAGUGACGGAGCAUCUGGAGGUUUCACAAAGAACAAGACGCUGGGCUCCAUCCUCAACAUGGACAUGAUCCAGGACAAGACGGGUGAGGAGAUCGCAGAGCUUUGGAUGAAAUAUUAUUCCACGAAGGACACGAUUAGCGCCGUCAUCCCAGCACAGAUCUAUGAGAUGAUUUUCAGCAGGUCAAAGUCCUGCCCGAUGUUCCUGUACGCGUUGCCUCAGAAGGAGGGUUACGAGUUCUUCGUGGGUCAGUGGUCUGGACACGAGCUCCACUUCACUUCCCUCAUCAACGUCCAGAUGCUGGGCGAGAACGCUCCGAGUCAGCUGAUCCUCUACCACUACCCAGACCUGAAGGAGGAGAAGGGUGUGGUCCUCAUGACGGCUGAGAUGGACCCCAAGUUUGUAACUGUCCACCAGGCUCAGUGCUUGGCCAAUCAGGUGCAGCUGUUCUACGGUACACAGAGGCAGGAGACGUACCGGUUGGUGGAGACGUUUAACCACUGCCCGGCAGACUUCAAACACAUGUCAGUGAUAGCAGAGCUGGAACAGAGCGGCUUGGGGCCAGCAGUUUCCCCUGGAGGCUCGUAGGGAGACCAGAGAUGGACCGAAAUCACCAUCAGACCAUCUGCUGUCUGAUUCCUUGGAACUGUUGGCCUUCAUUUAAAGUCACACAUAGACAUGCACUUCUUUCCUCAGCACUCUCCACUGGGAUACACCUCUUCUUCAUACUGUAUAUAUAUAUAUUUGCAGCUGUGAUUCGGGCAAAACAUCUUAAAGGAGCUUAAACUGAACUCUGUCUGGGACUUGAUCAUCUCAGACAUCUGCUACCCAUCGUUUCAUUGUGCAUAAAUUUGCAGAAGAAUAAUGUCAUAAUGAUCAGUUCAAUAAUUAAUAAAUAACUCAUCAAAAUAAUUCUUCACAUUCUGACA